AUGCGUCUCAUCGCUCUUCUCAUCCUCCUUUUUGGAAUCGCGCAGACAAGCGCAUACUCCGUUCCUGGAGGCUACGAACGAGUUCUCAUUUACUACAUGUACUCCAUCGAUUGCCAGCUCAACGGCGGGACCCCGAAGAAGAUUGCAACUGGUUGCAAAGGCACAGGUCGCAAUCCAUGUACCCUGGAUCAACUCCUCCGCUAUAUAGCUGCCAAUCCUAGCUCCCUUCCUACACGAAGCGCCCCGGCGACAUCCUACCCAGCACUGCCCGACAUGGACCGGACAGCCUCAGCUCUAUCGACUAAAGGCCCCGAUGGGCGAGAUUUUGCGGGACAAAUAAAACCGGGAGUUGCGUUGCCUGGCGCCAGCAAUGACUACAGCAAGUUCCUGUCCCAGCUUGGGGGCGUUGCCAUCAGUUUUGCCACUGCCUCCCCUGACAAUGCCAAUUUACUCAAGCUCAACAUUCAGGCCAUUCGAAAUACGCGCCGAAACGCCCAGUUGACAACAUUCAAGGCAGCUAAUAGCGACAUUGAGGUGGCGACGAAACCGAUCCCUCUGUAUGAUGGUGCGCCCGAUGGCCUUACGGUAGACAUCAUUGAUGCAGUUGAAACUGUGAAUCAAAAUUCGGCGUUGACAGUGAAGGAAUUGAACAGGAGAUGGGCGGCAAACACGGCUGGUGGCCAUUCAAACAAUGUGGAGCAGUUGAAGGGAGUGUUGGAGGAUAUGGAAGGUGUUUGUUCAUAG